AGCCAGGUUCACUUGGGUAGAACCGCCCACCAAACCAGAAAUGACUCCACUUUAGUACAAAAGGUUUUUGAAACGCCUAAUGGGUGUAUUUUUAAUAGUAGUACGCUAGUGUAUUCAGUAGCUGAAGAUGUCUGCCAACGCCUGUCAAGAAACCGUUGAACACUCCGGACUGCUCAAGUUUUACUCUGCCGUGUUUUACGCCGGCAGUUCGUUUCUUAUCACGGUGGUAAAUAAAAUCGUGCUGACCAGCUUCAGGUUUCCUUCCUACAUGUGUCUGGGAAUUGGCCAGAUGAUCAUCACUCUUGUUGUUCUUUAUGCUGCCAAAAUGAGCAAAACAGUCCAGUUUCAAGAUUUUGACAGAAGUAUUGUCUUAAAAAUUUUCCCUCUUCCUUUGCUGUACGUUGGCAACCAUAUAACAGGACUGGCAAGCACCAAAAAACUCAGUUUACCCAUGUUUACAGUACUACGGAAAUUCACCAUAUUGAUGACAAUGAUCUUGGAAGUAUAUAUUCUAAGAAAAACAUUCCCAAAAUGCCUUGUGUACAGUGUUGUAGCCAUAGUCCUGGGUGCCAUGGUGGCUGCAAGUUCUGACCUGGCCUUCGAUCUGGAGGGCUAUACUUUCAUUCUGCUCAAUGAUGCCCUUACUGCUGCCAGCGGCGUGUACACCAAGAAGAAACUUGGCACUGAGGGCCUUGGGAAGUAUGGUGUCUUAUUUUACAAUGCACUAAUCAUUGUCAUCCCCACUUUGUUGGCAAGUGCAUUUACUGGAGAUUUACACAAGGCAGUCACAUUCGAGGACUGGGUUGAAACCACUUUUAUUUUUUGUUUCCUCAUGUCCUGCUUCAUGGGGUUUGUGCUGAUGUAUUCCAUAGUCCUGUGCAGCUAUUAUAACUCAGCACUUACUACGACAGUAGUGGGGGCAAUAAAGAAUGUUGCAGUAGCCUAUAUUGGCGUCUUUGUGGGUGGAGACUACCUGUUCUCUUGGACCAACUUCCUAGGCCUCAGCAUUUGUAUGUCAGGUGGACUAGUGUACUCAUAUCUCAUAUUCAACCAAAAAUCAUCUAGAAGUAAUACAGAAGGAGCACAAGAGCUGAAGAUUCACAUCACAAAAGAUUAAACAGGGAAGUACUCUGCAAACUAAAUGGACACAAUUUUAGCCUUCACCACUUGGUGGCAUUGUUCUGCUCCAUAUUGGAGCAUAAUAUUGCUUCUACACUCACAUUUUUAUUGUUUAUUUAAAAUCAAUGAGUUGAUUUCAAUGGAUACAUUCAGGGUUCGUACAGCUUUUUAAGAGUACAAUUUAAGAACUUUCAAGGUACCUAAACCAAAAACCUCCAGACUCUCGAGGCCUUUAUCAUCACAUCUGGGUUUUUUUUUUUCAUUUCAAAUAUUAAAAGAUUUUUGGUUUACAUGAGUUUUGAUUGUGUAGAUGAGAAACCAGAUUAUGUUGAAAAUCAAGCAUUCAAGCACAUUCCUAAACUUGUACAUAACGGUUAAAAUUACGCAUAUUUUCCAAAUAUUCAAGACUUUGUACGAACCCUGUACAUUAUUGGUGCCAUCUAUUUUAUAUAACUACCAAGUCAUGACUGGAUAAAUAGACAAGUUCACAUACAUUCUGGGUCUGUUCAGUGAAUGUUUAUUGAUAACCAACACAUAUAUAACUGUGGACAGCCAGUCAGAGAAAUCUUAACAUGUGUAAUAAAAUGUCUACCAAGCAAGCAAGAUCACUCUAUACAUGUCACACACAUGAAAAACUGUUGGGAGGAUGUUAGCAGAGGUGAAAACUGAAAUUUCAACUUCAAAGCUCUACGUAAAUUGUGCACACUCAAUAUUCGAACUAACACGAUGUGUAUAUAUUAAAUGCCAUAAUCUUCUCAAACCACAUAAGAGACUAAGGGUUAGAAAUGUUUCCAAAAAAUCUACUAUAAUUGGAUACAAAUAAAUCAUUUGGUGUUUCGAUUAGCAACAAU